UUAUAGACAUAACUUAAGAUUUUUUAUUAAACGAAAAAAUAAUAAACAGACUGUGAUACAUAAGGUAUGAAGAAGAGAUCACUGAUGUUCACCGUAAAUGCUCAUUUAGUGAAUCCGCGAUUUUCACAAAAAUUACAGGUUUGUCACCAACUGUACAGUGAUCACUAUAUAACUAGCUGUACGUACAAUAUACAAAUCUCCUGUUAUUUUCACAAAAUUACAAGUUUGCCACCGACUGUCCAUUGGUCACUAUACCGCCAGCCGUACAAGUUUGAUUAAAUUUGCCUCGUCUUGUGCGCUAUAAAUAGUAGACAUCUGUCUAAUUCAGAAGAGAGCAUUACUCAAGCAAGAUUCCUCUGUAUCAUCAUCAUUCUUAGUGGUCAACGAAUGGGUAGUAACAGUCAGCAACUUCACUUUUUCUUCCUUCCUGGAAUGGCUCACGGCCACAUGAUUCCAACUCUGGACAUGGCCAAGCUCUUCGCUUCCCGUGGCGUCACCGCCACCAUAAUCACCACCCCUCUCAACGAACCCGUCUUCUCCUCUGCCGUUCGUAAAUACGCAGAAUUGGGGUUCCAAAUCCAGAUCAGAUUGGUCGAGUUCCCCGGCGUCCAGCUUGGAUUACCGGAAAAUUGCCAGCGUCUCGACCAGCUCCCCUCCCGCGACGCAGUUCCCACUUUCAUGAAGGCCUGCAACCUGCUCCAACAACCCUUGGAGGCACUCCUCGAAGAGCUCCGCCCUGACUGUCUCAUCGCCGAUAUGUUCUUCCCUUGGGCGACGGCGGCCGCCGCCAAGUUCGGUAUUCCGAGGUUGGUCUUUCACGGAACGAACUGUGUUUCCCUGUGUGCCUCGCACAGUCUGAUGGCUCACAAACCUUACGAAAACGUCUCAUCUGAUUCAGAGCCCUUCACAAUUCCGAAUCUCCCCCACCAAAUCAAGCUCACCAAAUUGCAAGUUCCGGAGCAUCAACGCGGCGGCGGAGAAAACCCCAUGACGGCGUUCAUGAAUCAAGUAAGGUAUGCGGAUGAAACAAGUUACGGCGUGAUCUUUAACAGCUUCUAUGAGCUGGAACCCGAAUUUGCAGAGUACUACAGGAAGGUUCUUGGUAGAAAGUCAUGGAUGGUGGGCCCGUUUUCCCUUCUAAACAGGGACAUGGAGGAUAAAUCUCUGAGAGGGAAGAAAUCCUCAAUCGGAGAAACAGAGUGUAUGGACUGGCUGGAUUCCAAGAAACCCAACUCCGUCCUCUACGUCUGUUUCGGAAGCAUGGCCAACUUCGCCGCCUCGCAGCUCACAGAAAUGGCGAUGGGGAUAGAAAAUUCAGGGCAGGAUUUCAUUUGGGUGAUAAGAAACAAGAGAGAAGAAGACAACGGAAAAGAAGAAUGGAUGCCGGCAGGGUUUGAGCAGAGAACGGAAGGCAGAGGGCUGAUCAUAAGAGGCUGGGCCCCACAAGUGCUGAUUCUUGAGAACCCGGCCGUGGGCGCGUUCGUGACUCACUGCGGCUGGAACUCGACGCUGGAGGGGAUCUGCGCCGGGGUGCCCAUGGUGACUUGGCCGGUCUUCGCCGAGCAGUUCAUCAACGAGAAGCUGGUGACGGAUGUUCUGAGGAUCGGAGUUGGGGUUGGGUCGAAGGAAUGGAAAGCGACGGAGAGCGAUGGGGUGGAGAAGGAAGCGAUUACAGAGGCGAUCAAUAAAGUGAUGGUGGGGGGAGAGUCAGAAGAGAUGAGGAACAGAGCAGCAGCGUUGAAAGAUAGCGCAAGGAAGGCCAUCGAGAAGGGUGGUUCUUCUUACUCGGAUUUGACUUAUUUGCUGGAUGAACUCAGAACAAACCGUACAAAACAGUGAGUGGACAAUGAGUCAUCUACAGUUUAUUUUCAACUUCAAACAGGGUGGAGUGUGGGGACAGGGAGGUUCUAGCCUUCUAGAGGGCUCCUCUGAAAAAAUGUGUAAAUAAAUUUCAACUUUGUUUUUAUUCACUCCCUAUUAAAACUUUCAUUUUUCCGUUUUCGCAAAGAAUUUGUGGUUCACUACGAUUCUUACACAUUUCUCUCUUCUCAGAACAACUCUCCACCGUGUUGAAGAGUUUUGUAUACCCAGCCGUUUUGGAAGUUUUAUUAGGGACGUAGGGAGUAUUUUUUAUUGAGUAUUUAUGUGUAAAUAGCUUUAAUAUAUUACCUAUGUUCUAGUUCGUAUACCGUGGGAUCAUCCCACGGUGAGCAUCAUUCCCCACGUCCAAAACGACGUAGUUUUAAUCAAUUUCAAUUUUUUUUGCGUGAAUAGUACAAACGUGAACAGUACACGCAUGUACAUUUUCUAAAAUCUUGUUUUAGUAGCAGAAUGAUGUAAUUCACGUCUAAAUAAAUGUAACUCACGUUAUUGAUGAAUGUAACUCAAGUCUAGUUGAAAUGUGACUUGUUCAAUACAUAAUAUUCC